ACCAAAAUAUGCACGUUAGAACUCGUAGCAGAUCAUACAUACACCGAAUACAUGGACUUUAAUCAGGCGAAAAUCGUCUCAGAAAUGCUUUUAUAUAUCAAGAUUGCCGAUUACAUAUUCCGAAAUACUGAUUUUGACGAAGACGGUGACAAAGACGAUAUCGCAUUCAACGUUCAGAAAAUUACCAUAUUCGAAACUAAAAAUGAUCCGGGUAAUAUUUUUGGAAGGGAAACCAAAGAUUAUAAGGAAUUUCUACAAAGCUUGACGAAAUAUCACCAUCCAUAUUGCAUGCUAAUCUGCUUCACUCACAGAGAUUUUUGGACACCUACUCAAUGCGCAGUUUCCAAAGUCAAUAAAAUCGGAGGAAUCUGCCCUGGAUCGAAACCGCUAGGAAAGAAUAAUAACGUUGGCUUCGUUACCAAUAUAGAAAACAAAGAAAUUAUUCCUCGAUUUAGAAUACCGUUAAAUUUAGUACACCAACUGGGACAUGCAUUUGGUUGCCGAGACGAUCCUGAAAAAAAUAAAUUUUGCAGUCCUGGACAUGUAAAUCCGAGACACGGAAAUUAUAUAAUGCAUCCGAAUAUAUCGUAUGGUGCUUUUAAGAAUAAUUGGCACUUUUCAACCUGUUGCAAAACCACUUUAAAGAACUUCGUAAAGCAAUCAA